AUGAGUACCACCACCACUGCGACGCAGACUCAAUCUGCGUACACCGAGGACAUCCUCCGCCUUUUCCCCGAGAUCAACACACAACUCGCAACGCAGUCCCGAUCAGCGACACAGGACAACGACCUCGCCGGUUACGAUGAGGAGCAGAUCAGGUUGAUGGACGAAGUGUGCAUCGUCCUUGAUGAAGACGACAACCCCAUUGGAAGCGCCAGCAAAAAAGUCUGUCAUCUCAUGGAAAACAUCAACAAAGGCCUUCUUCAUCGAGCAUUCUCCUGCUUCCUCUUCGACUCACAGAACCGGCUAUUGCUGCAACAAAGGGCAACGGAGAAGAUCACGUUCCCUGAUCUCUGGACAAACACAUGCUGUUCUCAUCCUCUGGGAGUUCCCAGCGAGACUGGAGCUACAUUGGAGGCCGCUGUCGCAGGCGUUAAGCGUGCGGCAGUGCGCAAACUUGAUCACGAGCUUGGAAUCAACGCCGCACAGGUUCCCAUCGAGAAGUUCGACUACCUGACCCGCAUUCACUACAUGGCGCCGAGCGACGGAAAGUGGGGCGAACACGAGAUUGACUACAUUGUCUUUAUCAAAGCCGACGUAGAUCUGAACAUUAACCCGAACGAGGUUCGCGACUCCAAAUAUGUGUCGGCAGAUGAGUUGAAGGCAAUGUUCGAGGACGAUCAGUACAAAUUCACUCCAUGGUUCAAGCUUAUCUGUCAAAGUAUGCUGUUCGAGUGGUGGGCGCAUCUCAACGAUGGUCUGGAGAAGUACAUGGGCGAGACAGAGAUUCGUCGCAUGUAA